AUGUAUAUUUCAAUCGAAACUAUUUCCAACUGGCCUGUUGCCAAUUACAAUAAUCCCUUACUUAUCACCGGAUUUGCUGUCGGGGCCAUGUUAGUGGAAUCAUCAUAUGUGGGAUGGGCUGUCCAUGCUUGGGAUAUUCGCCCGGAGUCACUCACCCUUGGCCUCAAGUUCAUAUACACAACGCAAAUACUAUUUUCGGCGGCCCUCACUACCAUAAGACUUUCCAUGUUGUGGCUGAUUAGCCGUCUGUUUCAAACUGGAGCUCCGAAACUUCGACGCUUUACAUUUGGAGUUAUGAUAUAUAUGCUUUUGCAUAGCUCCAUCUUCAUUAUUACUCUGAUAUUUCAGUGCAGGCCAGUAUCUGAUUACUGGACGAUUUCUCUCAUUCCUCAAGACAAUUGCAUUAAUCAAAAAGUUCAUCUUCUCUUUACUUCAAUCUGCAAUGCGAUUACUGAUUUCGUGGUGGUGAUUUUGCCACUGCAAACAGUAUGGAAGUUACAACUUCCAUACAAGCAAAGGGUAUCUCUUUGCUUACUGUUCGCAAUCGGCUUUCUUACCUCUACGGCAAGCAUUAUUCGCACGGUUUAUGUUUAUGAAUCUACUGACGUUACCGAUAAAUCAUGGGCAACAUAUGCUGUAUACAUGUGGAGUUCUGUAGAACUUUAUCUUGGCCUGUUUUGCGCUUGCAUACCACCAAGUGUGGGUUUCUGGAAACUCUACUAUCCCAAGGUUCUGGGCUCAUUCAAUCGAUCAGAGGAAAACACAUCAAAGACACGUUCAUUCUGGAGUUCGAGUUCGGUUUCCAAGCAUGAUCGGAAAAAUGCUUUCGAACUCGCUGAUACUGAUGAUGAAGAAAGGGGUAUUGUCGUUGAGCGAGGUAUUACGAUCGAGACUUAUUACAGCAAGAGUGAAUCUAUGGGCAGCCGAGGAUUAUGUACUGCCAUGGUUCAGUCACCUGCAUUACCUAUUUACCCCUUCAAGUCAUAA